UGGAAAUGAUGAUGAUGUUAAAACUUUCUCCAAAAAAAUAUUAUCUUUAAGAAUUUUAUAAAAUAUAGAUCAAAAUGUGUGUUAAAAAGAUUUCAAGCCAUUUAUAAAUGUACGUUAGGUGCAUUACGUAUUGUUCUCUACGCAGGUUUCUCUUCCUUCUAUAGGUUUCUAGGGAAUAUUUAAUUUAUUUUCCAGGCACUCCUUAGAAAUCUUUGAUUUUUGUCAAAUUUAGACAAACUAACUUAUACAAAAAAGUGAUUAAUGUGCCUCUAAUGUAUACGACAAUGCGGACGAGCGCCCUCUGAAGGACAAAAACAUUGUGCUAUCCGCUUUAACAGUUAAAGUUACAGUGUGUACUUUAAACUACCGCUUUUCUGUAAUGACGACAUUAGUUUUAAGAUGGCAAAAAGAGUUCUCCCGAAAGAACCUGAGAGAAAACUGGGCUUUGGAAGCGUGUCUAUGGACAUUUUAUCUGAUAUUCUGACUAACCUCAAUAACAGAAACAAAUCCAAUUUGGAAAAUGUUUCAUAUCUGUUUGGAAAUCUGAAAGAUCGUAAAAUAGUGGAAUAUGUAUUUCACCUUUGUGCAGAACUUGGACUUGACCCUGUUGUUGGGUACUACGCCAUUGAGAUACUGAACAGGUUUAUGACCAAAUAUCUUGAAGAUCUGAUCCUCAGACAGAAGAGGCAACCUACAAAAGGUGCACCAUGUAAGGAGACGGGAGACUAUAAGGAUCUUAUCUACCAAACACUCAAGGAGAAGUUCUUCGUUCUCAUCCUCUCAAGUGUUCAGAUAGCCAGCAAACUGGACCUGCACUCUAAUGUUGUUAACAACAAUAUUGCAAUGAACUUUCUGCACAGAGUCAGUUACCCUUGUUCCAAAGAGAAACUCCUGGACUCUGAGAUAUUUCUUUUAAAAACUCUCAACUUCAAUUUGAAUGUGCCCAAUGCUCUAACAUAUGUUGAGACUCUUUUGGAAGUGCUGGGCCAUAAUGAUCCAACAGCCCCUGUGGCGCAACUGCACCGUCUCUGUGUGUAUGUACUGCAGUUCAUUUACCUGCAGAGGGAGACAAUCUACAACUCAUUGCUCAUAUCUGCCACUGGAUCCCCUAACCCAUCCUAUGAGCAAAGAACCAAGUUUGUGUCUGUGACAGAAGACUUCAUGCUUUUGGGAGUUGGAGUUAUUGCUGUGGCUGCCUUUAUUCAUCAUAUCUCAACAUGGGAAAUGGUAGUGGAUGAGCUCACAGGCGUCACAGGAAUAUCAGGCCAGAGUAUCAUGGACUUUGCAUAUGUCACCCUAAUGCACAUCACCGAGAUCAAACCUGUAUGAUUCCUUUGUAUAUUUAAGUGCAAAGAAUAAUCUAGAGCAUCAUACAAAAAAGUCAAGACUUUAGAAAGGAGCUAUGCAAACAAUGAAAGUUCAAAAUGAUAACACUAUUAUAAUUUCUACUUUAAAUUGUUUCUGUCUGCCAUUGUAUAAAUUAUUAAAAGGAGGAAACAUUCAAAUGUUUUAUGUAUAUACAAUGUAGUACGUUUUCAAAAGAUGAUGUUAUGUAGCAUAUUGCUAUAAAAAUAAUAAUCUUUUAGCAUUUUCAACUACAUAUUGUAAUUUAGUUAAA